AUGCUGCUCAGCAGAACAAUCAGCACUAGACUGCUACUUAGAUCCUUCUCCACGGCCUCGCAUCUCCCAGCCAAAGAUACUUGGAAGAAGGAAUUCACCUUCUCCGGGACAAAGCUCAGGGGCAGGGACACUAUAUCUUGCUUAGAUACCGCUAGACGCUUUGUUCGCUCUAUGAAAAUUGAUAGCAUGGGCAGCAGCACCUCCCCGGUGACUGUGAUUGAUGCUUAUUCCGGCUUUGGCUUGAUUUCUCAAGCACUGCUUGAGCUGGAAAACGUCGGAAAAGUUAUAUCGAUUGAGCCUGCACAAACAUUCGGCAAACCACUCAAAUCGCUAUCACAACAACACAAUGACAGAAUGUUGUACAUCGACAAAGACCCUUACAACUGGCAGGUCUACACUGAUUUAGAAAAAGAGGGUCACUUGGACGGCGUCCUAGUCAGACCGUGGGAGGAGAUGCACGAUCACUUUGCAGUAUUUAUGCAGGUGCCCGCUACAGUACAUGGCGAGCAGCUGAUUGGACAGUUCUUUCACUGCAUGGUCUUCCGUAGCUGGCUGUAUAGCAAGGGAAGAGUACCAAUGGGAUUGCUAAUCAAUAGUCCGUCGUAUGAGCGACUUGUACACCUACCAGGACAGCCAGAACGAGGCAGAAUAGCAGCAAUCAGAGAAGCGACGUCUGUGGUAGACGUGCUCUUGCCAGAGACAGAGCUAAGACCAGAUGACAAUAGAAUAUACCCACAACUUAGGCAGCCAAAUAAGAAGACAAAGAAGGCUGCGAAUCUGUCCAACUAUGUAGGCACAAGGGUCGAGCCAUUGGUUAAUAUUCUCCCGAACAUGCAUACGUUAGAGUCAUGGGAGUUCGUGACGAGGCAAAUAUUUGUGACGCGUAAAUACAGCCUACGUAAAUCACUCAAGCAUCUUGCUGUCAAUGCAGACGUUGCCCUCAAAAAGCCUUUGGAAGAUAGAGGUGUAGAUCUCGACAAAGCUGUCAGAGACUUGACAAUACAAGAAAUUGCUAAGGUCAUCGACGCUUUCAACGAAUGGCCUUUCAAACCUGAAAUUCUAUAUAGGGACGAUGUUGAUGAUAAGUAUGCGGCUUGA